UUUCCCCUCAGUAACGACCCCCAGCGAACAAGGCUUUGCAACACGGCCUCAUUUCAGCAAACGCUUAAUUUAGAAUCAAAUACUCGUUCAGGUCCCUUGCCCUUUUCCUAACUUUUCUUCUUUUGCUUUCUCUCUCUCUACCUCUGCCUUUCUUCUCUCUCUCUCUCCUCUCCUUUUUUUAUUAUACCUCCAAUCCUUUUGAAGUCCCAACUCCCAAACCCUUUCUCAUUGACGCAUCCUUGAAUGCCUGCUCAAAACUAUGGAAUCUACACUCAAACACGAUGACCUGUCCGAUAUUGCAAAUUCCGUACUUGUUCCUCAACAUGAACCGGAACCAACACCAGAAACGACUGUAAUCCAGUCGCAGAAUACCACCACGCACAAAUGCGAGAAAUGCUCGGAACCUUUGACUGGUGAUUUCAUAAGAGCCCUUCAUCGCACUUUUCACAUCAAGUGCUUUACAUGUGCUGACUGCGGUAUUGAUGUAGCAGCAAGUUUUUUCCCUAUCGAAGUGGAUGGAAAAGUUCAACCUUUAUGCGAGCGUGACUAUUUUAGAAGACUGAACCUUGUAUGUGCUAGCUGUGGAGAAGCCCUGAAAGGAUCAUACAUUACUGCGCUUGGUCAAAAGUAUCACGUAGAGCAUUUUACUUGCUCUCUGUGCCCAACCGCCUUUGGACCGGAAGACUCCUAUUAUGAAAACGAUGGCAAAGUAUUUUGUCAUUAUCAUUAUUCUCUGCAAUUUGCUGUCAAUUGUGCUGGAUGUGAGACAGCUAUUCUCAAGCAAUUCGUCGAGAUCGAUAAAAACAAUGUCAACGAACACUGGCAUCCUGAAUGUUAUAUGAUCAAUCGAUUCUGGAAUGUCAAAUUAUCUCAGACUUUCUCGGAAGGCGUCCCGGAUGGGCUAACGGAAACUGUCCACAAACCGAUCCCUACUGCUAGCGAAUUGAAAAAAGCACAAUCCGAUAUGGAAGAUCAAAUGUAUCAGAUUUGGACCGUUCUCUCUGCUUUUGAAGAAUCUGCUGCUGCUUGUAUCUCCGAUAUGUUAUUGCAUGUAUCCAAUGGUGCAUAUAUAGAAGGUGUCAACAUGGCAAAACGCUUCAUCACCCACGUUGAUAUUUUGUUCGCCGCCAUCGACUCGCUAAAAUCACAAUUCGAAAAAGUCGGCGAUUCACUUUUGUACACCUCAGAGGCGAAAAGGCUCUGCAAGAAGAUUGUCAAUUUCUUCUCGUUGUUGUCGCAUACCCAGGAAAAUGGCAUGCAGAUGAUUGGAAUUACAGAAGAGCUGCUGUCACUUGUUACUGGUCUGGCCCAUUACCUCAAGAUCCUAAUUCGUAUAGCAUUGAGCGGGGCUUUGAAACUCGAGAAAAAGUACCAUUCUCAAGUUGCUAUUCCCAAUUUUUUAAACGACCUCAUGCAGCUAGCUUCACGCGAAGAAAGAGCUGAAUUGGAAUCUGGCCUGCAUGUCACUUCAGACCUAUGCCAAGUUUGUAAAAUCACUUGUGAGGAAGAAUGCUACAGGUAUCACCAGAAUCGCUGGCACUGCGACUGCUUUAAAUGCUCAAGCUGUCAUUCACCUUUGCAAGCAAAUUUGGACAACACCAAAUUGCAUCUCGAUACCAUGAAGAUCUAUUGUAACACCUGCACUACUACUUUAAAGCUGGAAAACAUUGAGGCAAAGUUUGAUUAUGUUACGAAAUUGCAACAGUAUUCAUUCCUUUUGCGAGUUGCCCUUCGCCGACUUUACACCCUUUUGGAUUACUCAGAGCAUAUCCCUACCAUGGACUAUGAUGGUCAGAAACUCAAAUCUACCAGCGUUACACCCGCUGGCCAUCUGCGUGAGGACAACCGAUCCAAAUCAUAUUCGAAUGCUGAUGAUACAUCUGCUGCUAUCCAUCUUGGCGAUAUCAAGCGGAUGAAAUCCACCCACAUGCGUCGGAAAAUGACUACCUCUUAUCGCAUGGGUAAGCGCUCGGUGCUUAUGGAGACACCCAGUCCGACCACAGCAGUACCUACCAACGAGGCAGAUUACUUUGGAAGCUCUCAGUCUUUGAAUACAAGCCCUAGAGGUGGAUCGCCUAUUGAGAUGGCGCCUCGAAGCGACGGUGCACGUCCUGAUAACAGCAACAAUUCCUAUCGUCCACGUGUGUACCAUAGCAAGUCAGCAUCUAGACCAAAGGCUCAUUAUCUCGCAGAAAUCGGUGCACUGGAUUCUUUUAUGAUGAAGUAUUUGGCUGUAUUGCACAUGGAGCAACUAGUUCGAGAGUAUUUUACAUUGGAAGAACUAGUGGAUUUAAUUGACGACAAGAAAAAUGAAACUCUCUGGGGCAAGUUUGUCACCAGUUUGAAGGCCGGAAACAAGAAAGCUGUUAAACCAAAAGAGGAAGGCACUUUUGGUGUACCUUUUGAGGUUUUGAUUGAACGGACCGGUGUUGAAUCCAACUUGGGUGCUGGUCCAUCCCGCUUGCGCAUUCCUUCUUUUAUCGAAGAUAGUCUUUCCGUAUUGAAACAAAUGGACGUUUCGGUCGAAGGUAUCUUCCGAAAGAACGGCAACAUUCGACGUCUCAAGGAACUUAGCGAGGAAAUCGAUAAAAAUCCAGCUCAAGUCAAUUUGGCCAAUGAAACACCUGUUCAAAUUGCAGCUCUUUUGAAAAAGUUUUUGAGAGAACUUCCGGAACCGCUACUUACCUACAAGCUUUAUAAGCUGUUUGUCGUUUCUCAAAAGCUCGAAAAUGAAGCGGAGAGAAAAAUCGUUCUUCACUUGGCAUGCUGCAUUCUACCAAAACAAAACCGAGAUACUCUGGAAGUCCUGUUUUUAUUUUUGCGGUAUGUGGCCACAUUUGCAGACGGUGAUGGCAGCAAAAUGGACGUUGGAAAUAUUGCAACUGUGAUUGCUCCUAAUGUUUUGUCGGCGCGUGGCAAAGAUCCAAACAAAGAAGAUACAUGGCAUUGCGCUCAGGCAGUGAAGAUGCUUAUUGAACACCAAAUCGAUUUCUGUCUUAUACCCGAGUAUUUGGAGCCUAUGUUGCUAGAAUUAUCUUAUGGCGAAGGUCUCGCGGAGCUCAACCCACGAGAGGUUUUGAAACGCUGUGGAAAUUUGAUGAAAGCUAAAAAGAGCCAUUCUGGUAGCCAAUCUUCUACUCCCAGCCGAGAUAUAGAGAACUCUCCUCCAAGCGGCACGACGGGUUCUAUUCCCAUCGUGCAAGUCGAUGUAAAGCCACCUUAUCUAUCUUCUUCUCCAACGGCACUUGCAUCAACAUCUUAUUUACCUAGUUCUACUCCACCGAAUGCACUAUUGAGAUAAGCUAUUGUCUUGUCAUUUUCAUGUAUAUUUAUUCUAAAAACGCAUUUUGGCUUGCGGCCAAUAAAAUUCUCAUUUGUUUUGCCUUUGCCAACUAUUCAACUUGGCUGUCCAUUCGAGCUUCUCUUUUUCUUAAAAAGAUAAUAACGUUACAAAGGUUAGAUCAUGUCAUUCAAUCUGGGUUGGGAAUUUUCCAAGGUUUUGCAAGUUCGUACGAGUUGACUGUGCGGUCGCAUUCAUGCCAUAAGUCACACG